AUGAAGUUCUCCACCACUCUGAUUGCCUUUGUUGCUGCCGGUCUCGCCAGCGCCCAGCUGCCCGAUGUGCCCGCUUGCUCGCUGAGCUGCUUCAUUUCUGCCCUGCAGAGCGAUGGCUGCUCCGAGCUGCUCGACUUCAAGUGCCACUGCCAGAAGACCGAGCUCGUGACCAGCAUCACUCCUUGUGUUCAGAAGGCCUGCGACCACAGUGACCAAGUCUCUGUCUCCAACGCCGUCGUUGGGCAGUGUUCCUCCGCUGGUCACCCCAUCUCGGUCCCUCCCGUCGAGACCAGCGCUUCCUCCACCGUUAGCGCCAGCACCUCGAGCUCUGCCCCUGCUGAGACUACCGCAACCCCUACCGCGUCUGCCAGCGAGACCUCCAGCGCCGUUGAGACCUCCUCUGCUGUCGAGACCUCGUCUUCCGCUGUUGAGACUUCCUCUUCUGCUGUUGAGACCUCGUCCUCGGCUGUUGAAACCUCCUCCGCCGUUGAGACCGAGACCUCUUCCACCGGUACCACCGCCACUGGGUCCUCCCCCGUCGGCUCCUCCUCCGGCGUUGCCACCUCCACCCCGCUAGUGACCAAGACUGGCUCAUCCUCUGGCGCCACCCCCUCGCCCACCUACACUGGCGCUGGUGCCAAUGUCAAGGGCAACAUGGCUGGUGUUGCUGUCCUCGCCGCUGCUGCCGCUUACGUCCUGUAA